CCGCGGCUCCCGCAGCUCCCGCAGCUCCAGCAGCUCCCGCAGCUCCAGCAUCUCCCGCAGCUCCUGCAGCUCCAGCAGCUCCUGCAGCUCCUGCAGCUCCUGCAUCUCCAGCAGCUCUUGCAGCUCCUGCAGCUCCCGCAGCUCCCCCGGCCGCCAGAGGAGCUGCUGGAUUCGCUUCGCUUCUGUAGAGCUCCUGCUGAGCCAGGAGGUGCCAGCUCUGCUCCCAGCCUGCCUGUCCUGCCUCUCUUUCCCUCCGCAUCAGCCGCUCCAGGGGCUGCAGGGCAGACGGGGAAUCCUUGCAGAGCUCCAGGGACAGCAGAGCUGGCAGCCAGCACGGGCUGGGCACGGGAAUGGGAGCAGAGAGGGGAUCAGGGGCAGAGGAAGCUCCAGUGCCCUGCAGCCUGCCACCGUGGUGGGGACAAUGAUGGAACCGGGCGUGUGGACAGCACCCAGGAGCCCCAGAGCUGUGUCCCCUCGGCUUUACAGCUUUUCUCAUCUCUGAGGAGCCAAACCCCUUCCUCCUUUCCCUUCAGUCCCGCUGCUGUUUUCUCCCAGUCCCCAGUGAGGGUCAGAGAGCUCCAGCAGCAGACUGGGAUCUGCUGGAAUGCCCUGGGGAAAGGGCUCCUGCUGCUCCUGCCCCCACGGCUGGAACAGUCCCGAGCUGCUGGCCCAGAGAUGCACCUGGGGGUGUGGGGAGGGAGAGGAGCCACGGCCUGAGUGUUCCCCCAGUGCCUCCCCUCCUGCUGAACUCUAAUAAACCUGAGCAUGGCAGUGUUUGUCUGGUCUGUGCCUGUCGUCCUUGUCCUCAGCUCCAAAACUGUGUUGGCAGGCGGGAGGAGAGGGGAGCAGGGCAUCAAUCCAAGUGGGCAGCUCCUGGGGAGUGCCAGGAAUUGGCAGCAGUCACCUUCUAAUUGGGAUUUUUUCUCCCCAAAAGGCUGCACAGCCUGGGCUGCUUUUUUUUCCUUCUUUCUUUUUUUUUUUUUUUUUUUUUUUUUUUUUUUUUUUUUUUUUUCCAUUCUUUCUUUCCUUAAAAGAAGGGAGUCCACUGCCAGAGCCCCUCAUGUCAGUGCAACAGGAAUAACUCACAUUUCCACCUGGGUCAGGCUUCCUCCAAGGAUUUCUUCAAGAUUCUGUUACAGAACUAAAAAUCCCAGGCCAAGGCUUCCUGGCAGUGAGACAAUUAACCUGCAGCGGUGCUAAUUAUUAUUUGUAUGCACUGAGGGUGCAGUGACACUGAGGAUCCACCUCCUGGCGGAUCAGGGCUGCCCUCAGGUGAGUCCCCACCUCCCUGGGCAGGGCAGGAGCAGCUCCCGUGUGCGUCCCCAGCGCAGAGCAGGCUCCGGCUGUGCCAUGGGCGCGGAGCGGCCCCUGGGCAGCCUGACCGUGUUCAGCAGGGAGGAUUUCGAGGAUGACUGGGUGCGGGUGGCCAGCGGGGGCUUCGGCCACGUGUACCAGGUGAAGCACAGGAGGUGGAGGACGGUCUAUGCAGUGAAGUGCUCCCCGUUCCUGCUGCAGGACUCCAGCGUGGACAGGACCAGCAUGAACUGUCUAAUGGAGGAGGCGAGCAAGAUGGAGAAAAUCAAAUUCCAGCACAUUGUCACCAUCUACGGGGUGUGCAACAGCCCCCUGGGGAUAGUGAUGGAGUACAUGGCCAGGGGGUCCUUGGAGAGAAUCCUCCCCACCCACAGAAUGUCCUGGCAGCUGAAAUUCCGCGUGAUCCACGAGAUGGGCCUGGCCAUGAAUUUCCUGCACAGCAUGAGCCCCCCUCUGCUGCACCUGGACCUGAAGCCAGGGAAUGUCCUCCUGGAUGGGAACAUGCACGUCAAGAUCUCCGACUUUGGGCUGUCCAAGUGGAUGGAGCAGUCCAGCAGGAUGCAGUACAUCGAGAGCUCAGCCCUGAGGGGCACCCUGAGCUACAUCCCCCCCGAAAUGUUCCUGCAGAACUGCAAACCCCCGGGGAUCAAGUACGAUGUGUACAGCUUCGGGAUCGUCAUCUGGGAGGUCCUCAUGCAGAAGAAACCUUACGCAGGGGCCAACAUGAUGGCCAUCAUCGUGAAGGUGGCAGCGGGCAAGAGGCCGGGGCUGGAGCUGGUCAGGGACGACUGGCCCGGGGAGUGCCACCAGAUGCUCGACCUGAUGAAGAGGUGCUGGGACCAGGACCCCAAGCAGAGGCCCAGCUUUGCAGAUAUCCCCGUGGAGACAGACGUGCUGCUGGCACUGAUCCAGAGCCUGGUGCAGGACCCCGAGAACGAGCGCCUGGUCAGGAAGAUGUCCCACAAACCGGCCAUCCCCAGGAGCCAGCAGAGUGACAAAGAGGAGUUCACCUUCCCCCGAGACCCCAGGAGUGGGGGAAAGGACAACCAGAAGGUUCCCGCCCCACCUCCGCACAGGCAGGCCGUGAUCCCCGAGCCGCUGGCGCCCGAGGAGCCGUGCAGGGCGCAGGAGCACGGCCUGACCCCGCUGCACCUGGCCGUGCUGCAGGGCAACGCGGGCAGGGCGCGCGUCCUGCUGGGCUGCGGGGCCAGCGCCAACGCCGCGGCGGGCGGCGGCUGCACCCCGCUGCUGCUGGCCGUGCAGCGGCGCCUGCCCGAGCUCUGCGCCCUGCUCAUCCGCCACGGCGCCCGCGUCGACGCGGCCGACGACGACGGCUGGACCCCGCUGCACUUCGCCGCCCAGCACGGCGACGACAGGACCGUGCGGCUGCUGCUGGACCACCAGGCCCGCGCCGACGCCCAGGAGCGCGACGGAUGGACCCCGCUGCACCUGGCGGCCCAGAACAACUUUGAGAACGUGGCGCGGGUGCUGCUGUCCCGCCAGGCCGACGCCAACACGCAGGAGGUGGACGGCAAGACCGCCCUGCACGUGGCCGCCUGCUUCGGGCACGUGGGCCUGGUCAAGCUGCUGGCCAGCCAGGGGGCCGACCUGGAGAGGAAGCAGAAGAACCUCAGGACGCCGCUGCACGUGGCCGUGGAGAGGGGCAAGUUCCGGGUGGUGCAGUACCUGCUGAAGAACGGGAUCUCCGUCAACAGCCUGGACCAGAACCACUACAGCGCCCUGCACCUGGCCGUGGUCAGGGGCAAGUACCUGAUCUGCGAGAAGCUCAUCAAAUACGGGGCCAACGUGGAGCUGAGGACGGACAAAGGCUGGACCCCGCUGCACCUGGCCUCCUUCAAGGGCCACAUCGAGAUCAUCCGGCUGCUGAAGGGCAGCCGCGCCCGGCUGGACGCCAAGGGCGGCAUGGACUGGACGCCGCUGCACCUGGCCACGCGCUACGGGGACGAGCCGGUGGUCAGCGAGCUGCUGCGCUGCGGGGCCGACCCCAACACGGCCGAGAGGGCCCACUGGGCCCCCCUGCACUUCGCCGUGCUCAGGGGCUCCUUCCUCAGCGUCAUCAACCUCCUGGAGUGCCAGGCCGACGUCAACGCCAGGAACAAGGUGGGCUGGACCCCGCUGCACCUGGCGGUGCUCAAGGGCAACAUGGCCAUCAUCAAGACGCUGCUGAAGGCAGGGGCGCUGCUGGACGUGGAGGACAUCACGGGGUGCACGGCCCUGCAGCUGGCAGUGAGGCACCAGCGGGAGAACAUCAUCACCCUGCUCCGGGGCAGGGAAAACAAACCCGGGAGCAGGGCUCUGAACGAUGCCAGGGCUCCCAGGCUUUUCCCAGGGAGGACAGAUCUGUGAAUUCAUUGGCUCUGGAGUUUCCACCUUGAGCUUUCCCAUGUCAGCUGUGGUGCCUUAAAGCCCCUCGUGCUGUCACCUGCUGAUUACAGGAAAAUAUUUCUCCUUUUUAAAUGGAAGUUUCUAAGCACGAACACCAAGAGAGUGAAAGAAAAUGAAGUUAUUGACAAGUUCUUUUCCGAGCUCGUAGAACGUUUUGGCUUGGUGAUACUUCAGGCAGUGCUUUCCUACUGAAUCCUUCCUGAGCAGGGAUUUGUGCAGCCCCUGCUCACGCAGGCAGUGCUGAAGCUGUGCACAGCACACACACAGCUUUUAUUGCUUUUAUUCCAUGUUUUCCUACAGAGAAAAUUGGUGUAAAAUGGCCCUGGCACAGGUGGGAAUUGAAUCGUGAGAUUCUCACCUGCUGCUGGCACAGCAAUGUGUCAGAUUUCCUGACAUCUCCUUUCUGUAACAAGAAUCAAAUAAAACGAGGCAGGAAGGAAUAAUCACUGCUAGAGAGUAUUGAAAUGGAUGCAGCACAGGGAGCAGAAAUUCCAGAAUAAUCACACACCAGAUCUGGCUGCUUGCAGGUCAAGGUUCGAGUCGUGUCCCUGGGGGGAGAAUAAUUCCUGGUUUCCUUCAGAAACGUGUUCCAGAGCUUGAUCACCCCUGUGAAAAACAUCUUCUGGUGGCUUUGAUUCCCCUGUGACAGUGAGCAGCACUGCUGUGACUCCUGAGCAUCCCCAGCGUGCCUGGUGGGAGGAUCACUUGUCAUGGCCCCGAGCUGGGAGGAGGCUGAAAUAGAAACAAACAACCCCAGCUCUGCAGGGGAGCUGUUACUGCCUGAUAACAUCAGAUUAAAUGGGUUAAAAAGAGGGGUUAAAAAGCCCUCUACUAAUAUCAACCUCUACUAAUAUCGUUUUCAUUUUAUAUUAACUUCAAGUAUUGAUAUGUCUUGUAUUCAAAGUGUUCAAAUCCAGUUUCUCGCUAUGCUUUGGCACCAAAGCCUUCAGAUAUAAUUUAAAAUAAAUUGUAAUGAAAUGAUUCAUUUUUAACAUUUGCCAUUGGUGAAGUGGGGAGCUGGGCAGGUUAUGAAAUGAAAUGCUGGUGACAUUUUGGGUUGCAGGGAAUGUAAAAAAAGUGACUUUUUUAUUGCUAUCACAAAAAAAAAAUCAAAAAAAGCUUGGCAUUUCCCUGAUUACCUGCUCUUGAUAUUCCCUGAUUUUGUCCAUGGAGCAAAGGCCUGGCUGGGAGGAAUUCUUGGGAUGCUCAGACCUUCCUAUGCAGCUCCUUCCCUCAGCUUCAGCUGUAUUGAUUCAGCAAAUGUCUCCCCUGCUCGG